AUGGAACUAUUUAAAUCUUUCCUUCUACUCCUGAUUCUACUGAUUCCAGCUGUCUUUUCAACUGUUGGAUCCUCUUCAGAUAAGAACGAUUUGGUUUACAAAGGCUGUGCGAAUCAAGAUUUCCAGGAUUUCAAUGGGAUUUACAAGCAAACGCUUAAAAAUCUCUUCGACACGUUAAUCUCCCAAUCUUCCACCACAAAAUUCUACAAAGCCACAUCCGGAGAAGGCCAAUCCGCCAUUAAUGGGCUCUUUCAAUGCAGAGGCGAUCUCUCGAACUCCGACUGUGCCAGCUGCGUGAAAAAAGCCUCUGAAAUGUCCGAAAAGCUGUGCGGUCACUCCAUUGCUGUUAGAGUACAACUAAACGGAUGUUAUUUGAGAUAUGAAAUUGCAGGGUUUAGAGAAGCGAGUGGGACUGAGUUGCUGUACAAGGUUUGUGGUUCAACUCGGGCAAGUGGCACCGGGUUUGAUGACAGGUUGAACUCGGCUUUAGAUGAAGUAGUAAAGGGUGUGGGGAGUGGAAAUAGUGGAUUUUAUACAGGUGGGUAUGAGUCAGUGUAUGUGCUGGGGCAAUGUGAAGGUGAUUUAAGCAGUGGGGACUGUGUGAACUGUGUGAAAAAUGCCAUCGAUAAAGCUAAAUCUGAAUGUGGGGCUUCAAUUUCUGCCCAAAUCUAUCUUCAAGAAUGCUAUAUUACCUACACUUAUUAUCCCAGUGGAGUUCCUACCAAUACCAGCCCAUCAUUUUCAUCAGGGAGUGUAGGGACAAGGAAGAACACACAGAAGACAGUGGCUAUUAUUAUUGGAGGAGCUGCGGGGAUAGGCCUGGGAAUUGCUUGUUUAAUUUUGGUGGAUGAGAUUUACAUUGUGGGUUGUAAAGAGGAGAAGAUUUGGUUUCCACUUCUUAGGACUCCAGCUGGUUUCUUCCUCCCUAUGUUUUGUAAAAAGCUGUCUAUUUCAUAG